GCGCAGCCCGGGCGCCAGCUCGGACCUCCGCUUGGGGUCCCUCUCACCCCUCCCCCUCCCUGAUUGUUGCAUUCAGUUACGAGGGAAGCGUCAUUAGCCCGGCUGGUCGUAGGCGUGCGCGCGCAAACGGCACCCGCUGCCUCUCCACCUUCGACUGUAUAUGCCCCUCCCCCUCACGCACCCACGCACGCACCCAGCAUUCCGAACCUCCCUCCUCCCGGGCAACGCAGCAAGCUGGGCCGAGCGAUCCUCUGCCGCCGAUUGGGGCCGCUCGGGCGGGCCGCCCUGCUGCCACUGAGAUUGAAAGCAUGGCUAUCCUUUUUGCAGUUGUUGCCAGAGGCACAACCAUUCUUGCCAAACAUGCUUGGUGUGGCGGAAACUUCCUGGAGGUGACAGAGCAGAUUCUGGCUAAAAUACCCUCUGAAAAUAACAAACUUACUUAUUCACAUGGAAAUUAUCUGUUUCACUACAUCUGCCAAGACAGGAUUGUGUAUCUUUGUAUCACAGAUGAUGAUUUCGAACGUUCCCGAGCCUUCAGUUUUCUGAAUGAAAUCAAGAAGAGGUUUCAGACUACUUAUGGUUCCAGAGCACAAACAGCCCUUCCCUAUGCCAUGAACAGUGAGUUCUCCAGCGUUCUGGCUGCACAACUGAAACAUCACUCUGAGAACAAAAACGUGGACAAAGUGGUGGAGACUCAAGCCCAAGUGGAUGAACUAAAAGGAAUCAUGGUCCGGAACAUUGAUCUAGUGGCCCAACGAGGAGAAAGAUUGGAGUUACUGAUAGAUAAAACAGAACAUCUGGUAGAUUCAUCAGUCACCUUCAAAACUACUAGCAGGAACCUUGCCAGAGCCAUGUGUAUGAAGAACCUGAAGCUCACCGUCAUCAUCAUCAUCGCAGCAAUGAUCUUCAUCUACGUUGUUGUGUCAGUCGCCUGUGGUGGGCUUACCUGGCCAAGCUGUGUGGCGAAAUAAAGUCAGAACAAUCUUAAGCCAAGAACAUAAGGGAGCAAGGAUUUAAGAAGCAACCCAAGUAACUUCCUCCUGAUUGCUACUGUCCAUCCCUUCCUUCCACUUUUCUUCCAUCAUCCCCAGACUGCACUUUUCUUUGUGUAUCUCAGUGCCCCCAAUUGGAGCCAUCCAGUCCACUGCUUCUGCACCACUGCCACCUUGGUUGGAAAGGGACUUGUCAUUUUGAACUCUUUGCUGUCACCCAGAUGGAGCCAUCCAGGUCUCCAAUUGCUACUUGAGAAUAAAGAGGGCACACAUGUUGGUGUGACCAUAUACACCGAAGCAUUUGCACUUUAAUGGAAUCCAAUGCAUCUCAGCCUCAUCCCCUCUGAUAUGUAUGGACGGACACCAUUCCGAGUAGAGAAUCAGUAGUGAGGGCACACCUUUGCUCCUUUUGGGGGGUUGGAAUUCCAGGAUUGGUGCUGUCCGUCCGUUCAUGUAGAGUCCACUCAAGGCCUAUCAUUGCUAACCAGGUGGGGAUCAGAUCAAUGAUUAAUAGAAAGCACCUGUUGGAAUUCCUCAAGUCCAUUCAUCCCAUAUCGUAUUUUCUGGCAUCCAGUUCAGAAAAAUGGACCAAACUGUUUCUCUGCUUUUCUGUUGCAAUUGAGUUGAAAAAGUGAUGGUUUCAUUCCUGUCCAAAGUUGGAACAAUGUUGCUACUUUCCCUGUUGUGUGUUUAAGUAUUUUUGUCCUCUUUGGGGGAGGGGCUCUUCAGAUCAACCCUCUUGUUCCCAAAGUGGUUAGAACUGCUUUGGCCAAGCAUGAUACAGGAAGAGACACUCUUAACAGCUUGGAUUGGCUUGGAAGUUAUUUAAGUAGAACACAGGAAAUCUUUUUCUUAUGGGGGCUUAACAGUUCUGUUGUCUUGAAUGAAUAAACUGAAUGCCAAGUCA